AUGCGACCGUCAUCUGCACUCUCCAUAUUCUUCCUCCUCGCCAGCCUGUCCGGGACCGUCGUCGCCCAGGGAAAUAAUAACAAUGGCGAACAGAGCUCUUCUGCCGUAACCAACAAGCCUGCAGCUACAGGUAAAGAAGAAACACCAGAGCUUCCAUCUCCAUCAAGCGAGCCUCCCAAGGAUGCAGGCUCCAAGACGGAAGACCCCAAGCCGGCUGAGACAAACACCAAGGAGGAAGAGAAAUCGUCUCAGGCACCAGCGAAAACCACCCCUCCCCCGCAGCAGACGGAAGAGGCUCCCUCUUUGGAAUCUGCCACAAAGACCAGUGUAACUGUUGUCGCUACCGGCAAAUCGGGUGGUAAUUCGGACGAUCCGCCACCGCCUAAAUAUACCCCUCCGGACAAUAGCAGAUACGCCAUUCCAAAGUAUCCACCUCCAGCUGUCCCGAACACUAAGAAUGCUCCUUACAUGCAAAGAUCCGAUCUUCCCGAGGGUACCGUUUUCAUUGCCGUCGGUUCUGCUCUCGGUCUCAUCGGUCUCAUCGCUUUCGCCUGGAGGAUGGUUGUAGCUUGGCAGCUUCGUCGGUCUAUCAGAAAGGCAAAUUCUGUCACCACAGACUCCAAAGCUGGACUUCUCGGUCGUUACAACCCUCCUGCGACUGCCAAGAAGUCUUUCUACAGCGCGGGUGCCGGAUCUUCGUUAUCUCUUGACCACCUGGGCACUGCAUCGCGUACUACAGGUCUCGGAACAACUCCAAACACUUCCUUGUUCUUCUCACCCACUGCCAACAACGGAAACACCCAUCAAAGACAAUCCCAGUACCUUCCUGCCGGAUACUACGCCCCAGCCGCUUCCACAAAUCUUCCAUUCAACCAAUCCCGUGAUUCUCUGCCUCGUCCUCGCCCUGCAACUCGCGAUUCACAUGUUGUUGGAACACCACCUGCGUCUCCCUUGUUGACUCCAACCGCUCGAAGACCUUCGCCUGGUCAAGGACAUGCUCAAGCUCCCAGUAUCAGCUCGACUCUAGGUGUACCUGCUGGCGGUAGGACGCCAAGCACUUACCUUGAGGAUAUGCUCGAUAACCCGUUCCCUGAGGAUCCUAGCGCGGCUGAUCAAAACAGGAGAAGUAGCAGACGGAAGAGUGGUCACUCUUAUGGAGGUGGUGCUGCUGGCGGCAGCAGGAGAUGA